UUUUUUUUUAAAGAUGUGAGGUAAAUUUUACUUAACAGAUUUUUUUCAGAUAAUAAAAUCUAUUUAAUUAAGUUAUGGUCAUACUGGCCAUACUUUAUUUAAAAUGCUGCGCAGCUUAGAUUUCUGAUCCUGAAAUGUUUCGGGUAACAUUUCAUAUUUCGCAGUAGAAUCCAAGACAAGGCAGCUAUGGUUUCACCUAAACAAAAAAGUUGUACGUAUUUCGCCACUUGAUCGCAAUAUGCAGUUCAAUUUUACACCAUUGUGGGAAAUAAGCACGAACUCGGUCCAAUAACCAAGAUUGAACGAUACAAAAGGAAUCAAGUAGCAAAGGUGGUAUCAUUAAACCAGAGCUAUAGUACCCGUACCCGUGGGUAUUAUACUAUUAUAAAUAGCUAAGAUCAAAUCUUUAACUGCAAUACGCUGUUUUUUGCCAAUAAUGGUAAAGAUUUAUAACCUUAACAAUAGAAUAAGCACGAUCUUCGCCCAUGUCACCCUUUAAGGUAUCCUUAAUUCAGACAAAAACAGUUGUUAUCAAGCUAGAAAAAUACGAGUUAUCGUAUUUUUAUAAAACUGGUUACGUAACAAUCUUGGUUUGUGUUCGCGCCACCCGAUCAGUUAAUGUCGGCGGUAUUUGGAAAUACCUUCAAAAACCAAAGCCGCAUGUCUCUGCUGACCGAAUGGAGUUUCGAAAGUGAAAUCACAGAGCCUGGCGUGAAAAAAUGACUAAAAGACGUGAAGAAUUCGGUGACAAAACAAAGAGAUUCCCAGCAUAUUUCGAGUCAUAUUAAAUUCUACGUAUAGAAUUCAGCAAAGACACAUGUUACGUCAUUUGAAAAGAGGAAUACGCAUCACGCUAAUACCUAAGUAGGCCUACGUAACAACGUAAAGCCCGGUAAAGCCGACGGGGCUUUACCUUAUUCAAGAGACGCCAUACACGGAUUGGUUAUGCUACACGGAUUAGGGCGACCUGCAGCUGGCCGCAUUAAGGGCACGAAAUUCGUGAUAUCGAUCGCGAUAUACAAUACCAUAUUUUUCACUAUUGGAAAAAAGGCACGAUCUCAACCUUUAAAGCUACAUUAAACUCGAUACAGAGGUUAUUGGAGAAUGUUUCAAAUUGAAUGUUUCAAAUCUACCAAAAUAAUAUAUUAGGUUCAGUUGCUUACCUCAAGCCAUCAUCGACGGUCACAUUUUGCUAUUCGGUCAGAAAACGUAACACAGGGCAAUAUGAGUAAACAUAAUUGGCUGAAACUUACCGUAUCCAUUGUGAUCUUGGUUGCCGUAAUGAUGGGACCUACUAGCAAGCUAUUUAGUUUCUUUCACGGAAAAGACCCCUCGCCCAGUGUGAGCGGAGCCAGAAAAAUGGAGGAAAAGGCGGUAGAGAUAAAGCCAGGCGCUAAAUACGAGAGACAUCGCAGGCAAAUUAAAAAUAAGGAUGAACCUGCUGAUAAAGUGGACGUAUUAUUUUCAGAUGGCUGCAAAAAAAACGAUUUUAAAGCGGCAGUUGAACUCGAGAUUGAAGAGCUUCUGUCAAAACACGAAGAAAUCAAGUUGCAGUAUGUAAAAGAUGCAUAUGAAAAAUAUCUGUUAAGAAAUAGAGAACUUGAACCCUCAAAAAAAUCUUCAGCAGAAGAGGUUGAAAAAGGGGUUAAAAAAUUGGAACAGCUUCGAAAAACCCUCACAGAGACAAAGGCUAAGUUUAUCGCACAACUGGAAGAGCAAAGGAUAAAUGGAAUCGCCUUAGUAAAUGAGAAAAGCAAAUUGCUGAACGAAAUUCGAGACAAGAAUGCUCGAGAUAUUGCUAAUUCAGACUUGGAAAAGAAGGAGCUCCUUGAGAAAAUCAAAGCCAAUAAUGCGAAGAUUACUCUAAUGAAAGAUGAAUUCAACAAAAUGAAAAGGCAAAAAGAAACGGCACAAAUGAUAGAGGCAUCCAAAAAUUCACAAGCUGUAGGAUGUGAAACUCCGUUUGCGUAUUUGGGAGCCUUUGAUUCACAAAAUAUUCUAAGAGUUAAAAAACAACAACUUGAUACGGAAGAGAGUACGAUUAACGACAUAUGGCAAAAAAAGAACGAUUUGAAAAACUGUUGUCAGCAAGAAGGAUGCCUAUAACAAAUUCUACGACAAUUUUUAUUCGAUUUUUUAAUUAUACUUAAGAUUGCUGUGCUUUAAACUUAUACUUACUUUGGUUGCUGUGUGAUUUUUAAAUGCUUACAAACUUGGGAAAAUAAAAAGAAUUUAAUUGGCUA